AUGGUAAGAUGUGAUAAGGAAUCGAACCAAUCAGGGAUGGAUUCAUUGAAGAAGUUUCCAUCUAAUGUUAAAAUCACUUCAAACAAUAGUGUUGGUGGUGUUGGAUUGAGAAGGUUUUGCUUCUUACUUUUGCCAAACAUCACACCUCUACUUUCUUCCUUUCCCUCCUCUUCAAACCUUAUCCACAACCAUCUCCACCUUCUACUGUCAUCGUCAGCAUCUCCUCGAUCAGCCACCUACUCUGGAGAUCGAAUCCACCAAACGCUGUUGGUUCUUCUUCGACAAUUCAUCAUUUAUCUUUAUCUCCCGAGGUUUGUUCCGUUUAUUUUGGUCGUUGUUUUCUCUGAAAGCUUUCCUAAGAGGGCAAAUAAAUUGGAGAAUGGAAGUUAAACUGAAGAAAAUUUCAAAAUAGAUAUAUGUGGCUAGGUUCACUAAUCUGGAUGAUAAGAUUGGAAACACUAGCUUCAAGGUUAUACAGUUAAGGGAAGACUACAAGAAAGACGAUGCAUAUUAUCUUCCAUUGUCAUUGGCAUUGGCAUAGGAUGAUUAUUUAAUAUAGAAGAUGUAGCUCGCAAUGCUGAAGAAGUUGUUCUGCUUCGGCAUUAUUAGUUCGAUCAGGCGGAAGAAAAAUUUGUUGGGGAAGCAUAGUUUUCAAUUGGUAAAAAUCGUUCGGCGGUCGACUGACGAUAAGCGAUUAAUCGGACUAGGUGGGGAUUAAUCGGAGAUGAUUAAUCGGGGACCCUUAAUUAUUAAUAAAAUUAUUUAAAAAAUUAAUAUUCCCUAAAAAGCUAAGUAUUUGAAAAUUUAAAAAUUUAAAAAUUUGAAAAUUUUAGUUUAAUAUUUUAAAAUUUGAAAGCUUAAAAAUUUGAAAGUUUAAAAUUUUGGUGUAAUAUUUGAAAAUUAAAUUUUUUUUAAAAUUCCCGCCUAUGACCGCCAAGAACUGCCAAGCCCGACUUUGACCGAUUUUGACCAUUUUUCGCCAAGAACCAUAAUCGUAAUCGGUUUAAGGCCGUCAAGCGAUUAAUCGGCCGCCAAUGCCGAUUUUUGCAACACCGGUUAUCAUUUAAGGUUUCUGGUAAUGUUUUUAGUCACUUCAAAGCAUCCUUCUUUUUUGUUUUUUUUUUCAACCUACAAGCCUUUUCUCUUCACUUACCUACUUUUUCUCUAAACAUGAGGCCCACAUUUGUGAGUAUCAGCUUGUAUUGCAAUGUCGUAUCGAAGGUGAUGCUGGUAAGUUUAUAAAAUUUAUUUACCAUUAUGUUCUUAAUAGUAAGAGUAAAUUAUAGAUUUGGUGCCUUAGUUCAAUUUUGUAAAUUUGGUCCCAAAAAGUUUUUUCAUUGUCUUUUGUACUUAGAAAUGGAGUUGGAUCAUGAAUUUUAUAUUCGUGACAUUAGGGGGUGUUUGGAUAGGGAAAAAACAGGUUGCUUAUUGCUUAAUCCCAUCGCAAUAAGCAAAUUUAAGUGUUUUGAUAGGUGUCUUUAAAAAUCAGCUUAUUGCGGUAGGAAUAAGCCAAAUAAGUUGAUUUUAAUAAGCAAGAGGGGGAAUGCUUAUUGCUUAUUGGUCAUUUUACUCAUAUACGCUGUUUUGUUUGCCUAACACUUAAAAUGCUUAUUGCUUAUUUCUUAUUCCCACAACAAUAAGCUAAUCCAAACAUAUUUUAAAAAAGUGCUUAUUCCACCGCAUAAGCAAAUAAGCAAUAAGCUAAUAAGCUAAAAACUAUUUAUCCAAACACCCCUUAGACAUCCGUACACAACUCUGGGAUUUGGAUUGAUUUGAUUUGGAGUCUUUUAUUCUUAUUUCAUUGUUAUACAUGUUCUUCAAAAAUCAUUUGCAUCUCACACUACAGUGGAGAAAUGAACCGCCGCCUCAGUAUUUGGUGAAGAACUUGGUGAAGAACCGGUAAAAUAAUUAAAAAUUAUUUUUUUGACCGCAGUGUAUGUCAAUCAAUAUCAUCAUCACUCAAUCCACCAUGUUGGUCUAAACAACUUCAUGUCUUUAGCCUACUAGCAUGGACCCUAUGACUCGAUGACGUGUUUGACACCUUGAUAAUUCAUAAUUCAUAGAAAGGGAGAGCCAUUGUUUUAACAAGACAUUAAGACCCCGACCCAACUGAAUAUGCUUUUAUUCGUCUGAUACACUCCAAUAUUCUCGGUCCAACAUCAAACAAUAUGCACCAAACACUAACAAAACAUGCAUCUAGUAGAUCAGGUGGGCUGGUAUCUAUUUGGGACAGGAAUUACUUCACUUCUUCUGAGGUCAUUAAAUCUCGUUCCUUUUUUAUUGUUAUUGGUAUCUGUUCAUCCUACUCCUGCCCGGUGGCGUUUGUGAAUGUCUAUGGACCCCAAUCCCCUUCUGAGAAGCGCAAUUUAUGGGAGGAGUUGCUUCUCAUCAAAAAUUCUCGCUAAGCAUGCUGGAUUGUCUUUGGUGAUUUUAAUGUGGUGAGAAGACAGGAGGAGCGUAUUAAUUCCAUGUUUUGUCAAUCUAGUGCUAAUUAUUUCAACAACUUCAUCGAAUUAGCGGGAUUUCAUAAACCAAAAAUGGGGGGUUUUCGAUUUACUUAUUUUCAACAGUCUGGAGCGAAACUUAGCAAACUAGAUCGUUUUCUUGUUUGUUCGGAGUUCUCCAAGUUGUUCCCUCAUGUAUCAGUCACGGCUCUACCAAGAGAUAAAUCAGAUCAUUGUCCCAUUCUACUUUCUCAAUCCAGAGCAAACUUUGGUCCCCUUCCAUUCAAGCUAUUCAAUUCCUGGCUUCCUGGCUGACCAGUCAAGGGUUCGAUGAAGUGGUUAGCAAGGCCUGUCGUGAAUUCAUCGGUUUUGGUCCCCCCGACUCGAGGCUAUUGAAUAAGUUGAAAGCAAUCAAAAAGGCGAUUCGUGAAUGGCGAUCUUUGGAGUUUUCUAAGGAAUCGGCAGAACUUAUAAAACUCAAGGAGGCCCGUACCGAUAUUGAUAAAAGGCUUGAAUGUGGCUGUUUUAAUGAUGUCGAUUUGGUUGAAAGAACCAGAAUUUCAGGAAGAAUAGAGGAGCUUGAAAGGCUUGCAAUCAUUGAUUUGAAGCAAAAAGCUCGGAUUAAAUGGACGAUAGACGGGGAUGAAAAUUCUCGUUUUUUCCAUGGCUAUGUAUCCAACCGAACGAGGAGGAAUCACAUACAUGGCAUUCUAAUUAAUGGUGAAUGGGCGAGUGAUCCGGUGGCCAUGAAAGCAGAGUCGGUACGAUUUUUUGCUGACAAAUUCAGCGAAAGAUGGGCAGAUAGACCAAAAUUUCACAGCAGUAAAUUCAAAAUGAUUUUUGAUGCUAGCCGAGGAUUUUUGGAGGAGACUUUUUCUUGUGAAGAGAUUAAAAAUGCUAUUUGGAGUUGUGGUAGCGAGAAAGCCCCGGGGCCUGAUGGCUUCACAUUUAAAUUCUUCAAACGCUUUUGGUCGAUACUAAAGGAUGAUAUUGUUGGUUGUGUUAGAUAUUUUGAUGCAUUCGAUUCUUUAUCAAGGGGCUGCAAUUCCUCUUUCAUCACACUAGUUGCCAAAACAAAGGACCCUCUUGUUCUUAAUGAUUAUAGACCCAUUAGCCUCAUUGGGUCUAUUUAUAAGAUCAUUUCCAAGUUACUUGCCUCCAGAUUAAAAUCAGUGAUCAGUGAAUGCAUUGAUGAGGUCCAAACGGCGGUUGUGGCUAAUAGAUACAUCCUGGAGGGUCCGCUCAUAGUCAAUGAAGCUUGCUCUUGGGGGAAGGCGAAAAAGAACAAAAAUACUUAUCUUCAAAGCAGACUUUAAUAAGGCCUUUGACUCAUUAAAUUGAGGUUACUUGGAUUCUAUGAUGUCGCAAAUGAAUUUUGGAGGUAAAUGGAGAAUGUGGAUAAGAGGGUGUUUGGCAUCAGCAAAGGCGUCGGUGAUUGUAAAUGGUAGUCCGUCAUGUGAAUUCCCAUUUCAAAAAGGUGUUCGUCAAGGAGACCCGCUCUCGCCAUUUCUCUUCAUCAUUGCAAUUGAGGGUUUAAAUAUUGCUAUGAAAGAAGUUGUGCAAAAGGGCAUUUUCAAGGGUAUUUCUAUUCCAAACGUCGGGCCUCCGUUGUCGCAUCUAUUCUAUGCGGAUGAUGCGAUUUUCUUGGGUGAAUGGUCAAAGCAUAAUAUCGAUAACCUUGGCCGUAUUCUUAGAUGUUUUUAUGUUUCAUCAGGGCUUCAAGUGAAUUUUAACAAAUCAAAAGUUGCUGGCAUUGGUGUGAUCGAUCGAGAAGUUGAGAGAGGGGCUGCCCCGCUGGGGUGUGAGACGGCCUCCCUCCCCUUUAAGUAUCUUGGGGUUCCGGUUGGGGCUAAUAUGAACUUAAUUAAAAAUUGGAAGCCAAUUGUGGAUAAGUUCAAAUCAAAAUUAUCGUUAUGGAAAGCAAAAAAUUUAAGCUUUGGUGGUAGAAUAACGCUUGCUAAAGCCGUCUUGGGUAAUCUUCCCAACUAUUAUUUAUCGAUCUUCGCUGCCCCAACAGGUAUACUUGAAAUCUUGGAAAGGAUUCGGAGGAACUUUAUUUGGGGGGGAGAAGGUGAGUCCCAAAAGAUCAAUUGGGUGGCAUGGGAGAGAUUAAUAGCACCACGUGAAGUUGGCGGUCUCGGUAUUGGAUCCAUAAAAGCUCUUAACAUUUCUUUAUUAUCUAAAUUGUGGUGGAAGCUCAAAAAUUCUCCUAAUUCAUUAUGGUCUUGCGUUAUAAACGGUAUUCACUACAUGGGGAGUCUGAAUGAUAAUAUUGCUGCUUCAAAAAAUAUCCCUGGAGUUUGGAAUAAUAUUGUUAGAUGCAAAAAUUAACUUAGAAAAGUAAACAUUCUAGUUCAUGAUGUUAUUAGAAGAUCACCAACCGACGAUACUUGGGAAUCAGAUUUUUGCAAGGAGAAUUACUGUGUAGCUAUGAUGAGAACGAGAAUAGAUAGAUCCCCCCACCUAAUCUGUGACCGUGAAUUUCCAUGGUUUAAGUGGGUGCCAAUGAAAGUUCUAUGUUUCGCUUGGCGAGCUAGAUUGGGUCGAAUCCCAACUUUGUUGGCUCUUAGCCGCAGGAAUGUUAAGGUAGACUCCCAAUGGUGCAGUGCAUGUAUCUCGAGGUUAGAAACUUCCGACCAUCUCCUAGUGGACUGCCCGUUUGCGGAUCAUGUGUGGAGGAGUCUGGCGAUGUGGUGCGGCAUUGGGAAGAUAAUCGCCAACUCGGUUAGAGGAAUUAUUGAUGAGGCUGUCAGAUUGAAGAUGGGUUCCAAUCGCAAGAAGAAGGCUCUGUUCUCGAUCCUCUAUGGUGUUUUGUGGGCGAUUUGGCGUGCCAGGAAUGAUAGAAUUUUCAAUGGCGUUAUUGCUGAUCCGAUUAAGGUUAUCGAUUCGAUUAAGUCUAUGACAUUUCUGUGGGUUAAACAUAGAUAUGGCAGGUGUUGUUUUAAUUGGGGUGAUUGGAUUAGCUCCCCGUUAAACUGUUUGUAAUUUGAACUUUGUCUUUUGUUUUUUUCUCCUUCCUCUAGCGCCUUGCUAAGGUUGGUGCUUUUUAUAAUAUAUUUGCCGGUUCAAAAAAAAAAACAUUAAAAUAACUCUUUGUUAAUAAUAGUUACACCAAGCCCAAAACACUCGAUCGUAACUAUUAGAUAUCAAUAAAAAAUUAAUUAAAUUACGAAUAGGUGGCAGGACGUUAAGUAAACCCUCAUAAAACAAAACCAUUAAUAACUUAACCAAACAAACUUUCCAUUGAAUCAUGUAACAAAAAAAAACCCAUCACAUCAUCUAUGACCAAAUUAAGUGUAAUUUAUUCACACCAACUACUUUACAUUCAAUUAUCCAACACUUAUCUAAAACAAUAUGAUUACAUAUUUUGACACAUAAAUCGCUCUUGCUAGAAUAAAAACUAACUCAUUUACCAAAUUGAUAAAACAAAAUUACAAUCAACUAAGACGAUAAACACAAAAAAAUAAAAAAAGACCCACAUUAUUCAAAACAUUACAUAAUUAUCAUACCAAUUUAGAAAAAACAUUGUUAAAAAACAUCGUUCACUACCCAAAAAAAAACAGAAAAAAAAUGAUGACCGAACAGCUAGAGGAAUUACUACACGCACUAAUUCAGGAUAUACAACAAGCCAGUGCCACUAUGGGAGCCUUACGCGCACGAUUUGAAGGUCAGAUGGUUAACCACGACGUUAUACCAGAGCCACAUAUGCAUUUAGCCUGGUGAGGCAGUGCUACUCAAGGGUCGAAACCGACAUCUCUGGUCUACGCAAGGAGGUGAACGAUGGAGUUUCUGCACUAAGGUGCAUGGUUAGGGACCUUCCCGAUGACUAGAUCAGACGUCACUCAUGCCUACUUUCUUUUGCUUAAGACUAUGCACUAUGUUAUAAUGGUACGCUGUAAGUCUUCCGUUGUAAAAGGGAUGUUAUAAUGUCUUAUGCUUUUGCUAUUCCAAUGUCUUCUCCA